AUGGACACGGACGGGCCCCUGGACGACGAAGCCCCCUUCGCGACCCCGUCGGCUGGCGGCCUCAGCGCCACUACUGCCACCUCGAACCACCCGCUGCUUAGUCCUCCUGCUGCGUCUGCUGCCGCCCCCCCCCCCGCCGCCCGCGCGGUUGGCGGAGACAGAGGGCUGCGCGAAAACGACGACUCGCCGACAGCAGUUUCUCCAGGCGCUGUCGGCCCCACAACGGCACCGGGAGGGGGCGUCUCUCCUGCCGCAAGUGUCCCUGCAACCCCGGAGAGUGUCGGGGGCGACGCAAGAGGAGACUGGGGGGGGAGUGUCGGGCGCUCGAGUCCGGUGCCCUCGAGGUUUUUAGGAAAUAGCGUGAUAACCGCCGACGCCAAGGCCACCGAGAUCUUCGCCCAGCCGCUCGCGAGCGAGGGCGCGGGAAGCGUAUUCCCCCUGGACCUGCCGAUGUCUAGCAGACGGGUAUAUGAAGUCGAGUUCAUCAAACAGUUCGACAGGCUGGCGAUCAACCCCAACAUCGGGGAGUUCUGGAUGCUGAUCGACGCCCACUGGGUUUCUCGUUGGGUGGCGUUCGUGCUAGGACAGGCGGGCCCGCCGGGCCCCAUCUCCAACGGCAGGCUCUUCACGGAAGACGCCUUCUCCCCCAUGCCUCGAUCCGGAGCCUACAACGCCGCCUUUCGACGGACGGCCCCGACCAGAGGAGCGCCUAUGCCGGCGGAGAUGUCCAAGUUCAAGGAGGACCUGCAGGCCAUCAGCGACUACAGGGCGAUUCACCGUGGAAGCUGA